GCGCCGGGCAGAGCGGGGCACACGGCGGCAGCGGAGCGGGGGAAGCGGCCGGCGGAGCGGGUGCGAGAGCGAGUGCGCGGCGGAGGCGCUUUGGGUCCGUUUGCCGGUGACUCCCGCGGGGCAGGUGAGCCGGUUCACAAUGUCUGACAGAAAGGCUGUGAUCAAGAAUGCAGACAUGUCUGAGGACAUGCAGCAGGAUGCUGUAGACUGUGCUACGCAGGCAAUGGAGAAGUACAACAUAGAGAAAGACAUUGCAGCAUAUAUAAAGAAGGAAUUUGACAAGAAAUACAACCCUACUUGGCACUGCAUUGUUGGCAGAAAUUUUGGCAGCUAUGUAACACAUGAGACAAAGCACUUCAUCUAUUUUUACUUGGGUCAGGUUGCAAUUCUUCUGUUCAAGUCUGGAUAGGAAGUUGGAGCAAGUGAAAUUUGGACUGUAAUGCACUGAUGGCUGAAGCCAAGAUUCCCUUUAACAUGGCUGUGCCGCUGCAUGGACUGUAUACUAUAUUUAAUGUGUAUAUGUUGCAGUAAAAUCUACUUCUGUUUAGUUGCCUGGGAAGAAGGCGGCAUUUUUUUGUUAUUGCUUUUUUUUUGGUUGUAUUGCACUAGGAAAACUGUAAAUGCUUAAACAAUGGCCUUUCAGUGGGAAGAAAUAAAACUGUUCCACAAACAGCUCC